AUGGACAUCGACGGUCAGGUUCUCUCCCAUGGAAAGUGUCCGAAUGUUGAACCAAUGCCAGAAUUCAAGAUCCAGCCGUUCCUUGGGGUGUGGUACGAGGUGUUCCGAUUCUAUGACCAAUUUGAGGAGAAUCAAAGUUGUAUCCGAAUGGAAUAUACACUCAAACCAGAUGGACAUAUAGGCCUUCACAACUUCGGAGAUAUGCCAGACAACACCACGGUGGUAGCCGAGGGAGACGGUUAUGUUGCCGACCCUUCCACUCCAGCCAGGUACAUGGUCACGUUCGCGGAUAGCUCUCAACCAUUGGACUAUUCCAUCGUAGCAACCGAUUACAUAGACCACGCCCUCGUCUUCUCCUGUACCGAGAUCCUGGGAAUGGCUAACGCCCAGUUCGCCUGGGUCUUGAGUCGCAACAGGACCAUUGACAGCAAGGUUAUGCGAGGACUAACAGCAAAACUGUCGUGUUACGGAGUGGAUAUUGACUACUUCGAAGAUAGUCCACAACUUAACUGCUGA